AUGGUGAAAGCAUCCAACAAUAAGAACCAUGUUGACCUAGAAAACGCCGUAAUCGGGGGGUCAUUGAAACAGAUCAAGUGUCCAACGUCCAAAGUCUCGGAUCCCAAGAACCCUGAGCUUAUAUCGGUUUGGACCUGCGAUAUAAGACCUAUUCAGACAAAAAGCAUAAUCAAACUCAUGGCCGAAGAGAUAACGCCAUAUGACGAAGUCUCGUUAGUUCACGUCAAACGAUUAAAGAAACUAGACCCUGAGGAAAAAACUAGAGGGGUUGUUAUACGGGCAAUAUUAUGUUCUACUGAAUUUUUAACUUCUAAAGCAGAGGUUUGUGCAUUUAUGAAAGAGAAGGAUACAAUGUUUGAUGAAGAAUUCAGCAAUAUACAGAGGCACGAAUUACCGAGGUUUCUUCCGCCAACGAAGGAAACAGCCUUGUUGUGGUCUACCCAGUAUUGGCCAAUGUCCUGGAAAGGUAAUCCCAAUCACCAAACUUUGUUGACCACCGAGUUUGAUUUAGAUAUAGAAAGGAAUAUGGUUUUAAAACUAGAGCAACUUGCAUCGGAAGAAGCCAAGUUGGGGAAAGUACCUAUCGUGACAAUUAUUGCCAAACCUGAGAGAAGUAGUGAUGAACUAAAUAAACCAAUUUGGCAGAUAUUGGCAAUAGGAUACGAUACUCGCCAUCAGUAUCCAUUGGAACACAGUGUAAUGAAUGUGAUCAAACUGAUUGCAAAUAACGAACUUGAAAGGAGACAGAACAGUACUCAAGAGGAACAAGAUGAUUCCGACAAUUAUUUAUGUCAUAAUCUCUUGGUGUAUACCACCCACGAACCCUGUGUGAUGUGUUCGAUGGCAUUGGUCCAUUCUCGGAUUGGGAGGUUGGUUUAUGUUAAAGAUUCACCAAAAACGGGAGCAUUGGGCAGCUGUUACAAUAUUGGAGAUCGAGAUGGGUUGAACUGGAAAUUCGAUACCUGGAAGUGGAUUAACUCAGGGGAGGUCCAAAAGUUGGAAAACAUUCCAAAUAUAAACCUUGCCAAAUCAUAUAAUGUUUAA